AUGACCGGAACUAGGGAUCCGUGGCGCGCCACGGAUGGUCUGCAGGAGCACCGCGUGCGCAACAGACAAUCCCGGCCGCCUUUUGCUGCCCCUGCCUCAGAUACGUUGGAGCAGAUUUGGUUGGAUGCUGGUGACAUUGCUGUCGUCAUCGUAAUCAUCGUCAUCGUCAUUGUCAUCGUCAUCGCCUCCAUGGUAGACGUGAGAGAUUAUCGUCGCUGUCAACAUGCAAGGGCGCCGCAAUCUACGAACUCAAGUCAUGCCAAACGCGUCGUUGUUCCCGCAGUCAUCCUAACGACUUACAUACGGAAGUUCACUUCGGGCUUGCUGACGCUUUCUACGUACGAGGCUCCUUCCAACCCUUUCUAUGCGACGGGCAGAGUUCAUCCAAACACAGCGGAUUAAUACAAGAGAGAUAUGCGAUACUUCAACCUAGCAACAUCAUUACAUCGAUUCACAUAUCUAUGGAGUGACUAAUUUUCAUGCGCGGUGGUUGCAUUCACACAUGUACGCGCGAAGUUACACGCGAGGUGGGAUUGCGUGAGUGUGUGUGCGUGCUCCAGUCCAUAAGAAGAAUUGAAUGGCCCAGAAUAUAAAGCACGCCGCGUUUGUAAAUCGUGGCUCAAUCGAUUGAAUAAUCGAAACUGCUAGAUUGAUAGAUAGACGGAUGCGCACGCACACAACCUCACAGGUGCAUACGCACACGUGCAAUGAUCUAACGAAUCACCAAUCGUUGUGAUCAUCCAUCCAAGGGCGCAUGUGCGCGACGCAGACGUAAAAUUUAUUGUACUUAAUAAAUUCUACUGAUCCUACCCGCAUUAAACUUCAUAACAAUGCCCGCAACCUGCAACCGCAAGACGCGCCCGCCGCGCCAAAUAUGUGCCGUGUUUUCUGCCACUGCCCAACAUAUAUUGAUCUACGCACAGCGGGGGCCAGCCGUACUACGCACACGACCAUUGCAAUUCCAUUGCCAGCUCAAUUUCCUCCUGGCCAUGUCAUCAGGAC